UCUUGGGGUCUAAACCCGGUUUUGUUUAAGGCAACCAAAGGGAGGGAGGUUUGGCCUUUGGUCCCAGAAGGCAAGGUCUUCUUGGGCCUCUCUCUGAUGAGGGCUCCAUGGGGGGACCCCCUUCCCCCCCAGCGCAUCUCCGGCUGAGUUUGUGGCCCUCAGGGAGGCCUUGGUGGGGGGGGGGGCGUUUUCCCGGCGUUGGCCGAGAGAGCCGGCCAUGGCCCUUGGGGGCUCUUCCGAGCCUGUGGCUCGAUGGAUCCGGGGCAGCAGCAGCAGCAGCAGCAGCAGCAUCUCUUGGGCUUCUUCUCCGCGGAGGACUCUCCUGGAGCCUCCUCUCCGGGGCUUUGGGGCGCUGUGGCGGCGGUGGCCCUGUGUCUCCUGCCUCUGGGUCUGGCCUCCUCCUCUCCAGAGGAGUCCGCGAGCCGAGAGCGAGAGCGAGAGAGAGCGGGCUCUUGGAGGGCUGGCUCUCCCCCCUCGGCUGCGGGGCCUCCCUGGCUCCGGGUGCCUUUCUCUCCUGCCCUCGGGAAGGGGCCAAGGGGGGGCUCCCUCCGAAUCAAGGGCAGGGAGGGGGCCUUGGGCCAGAUAGGCUCGGAGGAGGAGGAGGAGGAGGAGAAGGGGCUGGCGGAGCGGAGCAGGGCCCGGAGGAGGCCGCUCUCUCGCUCUCUCUCUGGCGGCGGGCGCUGCCUUCGGGUCGGGAUCCAGGGCCGGCCCAGGCCCCCUCCCUCCCUCCUUCCCCGCCUCGCUGGGCCGCUGCUUCCUGGGACUCCGGGGCUCCUGCUGCUGCUGCUGCUUCUCUUGGCGCCUGUCUGCGGAGGGGCUGGGUCCGCCUUGGCCUCGGCAGGCGGAGCAGGCUUCCUGUCUGGCCGGGAAGCCCAGGCGAGGGAAGGGGAGGGAAGGAAGGAAGGGGCGGCCGGGGCGGGACUGGAGGGCCCCGGCGGGGAGGCUCCGGGGAGCUCCGGCCGCCGGCCCCCUCUGGCCCCUGGCUCCGUCCGGAGAAGAAAGGGCCCUUUCUGGGGAGGGGCGCGGGGGCGGCCUCCUCCAUCUCCUGGGCCUCUGGCUGCUCUCCCCGCGGGGCUCCGACCUCGGAGGCUGCCCUCCUCGCUCGCUCGCUCGCUCGCCAUGCAGAGCCGGCUCCACAUCCUGGAGGACCUCAACAUGCUCUACAUCCGACAGAUCGCCCUCAGCCUCCAGAUCUCCGGAUCCCCCUGAUGUGGAAGGACACCGAAUACUUCAAGAACAAGGGAGACUUGCACCGUUGCGCCGUGUUCUGCUUGCUCCAAAUCGGCACAGAGAUCUAUGACACGGAGAUGGUGCUGGUCGACCGGACGCUGACCGACAUCUGCUUUGAGAACAGCAUCCUCUUCACUGAGGCUGGCCCGGAUUUUGAGCUGAAGGUGGAGCUCUACAGCGCCGGCCUGGAGGAGGACUCGGCCCUUGGCAGCACCCCAAAGAAGCUGGCCAGCCGCCUGAGCAGCUCCCUGGGACGCUCCUCUGGGAAAAGGGUGCGGACGGCGCUGGAGGGGAGCGGUGUGCCUGGCAGCCCCUUGAGCAACGGAGGGAGCAGCCCCCUCCUGCUUCCAGCCCCCAGCGUGGCGGGACCCAAGUACCAGCUGCUGGCCUGCACCACCCUCCGCCUGGCGCACGUCCAGGAUGCCUUUCGCACCCACGACCUCGUCGUCACUGACAAUGAGGAAAGCGCCUUCUGGCUGCCCCUUUAUGGCAGUGUCUGCUGUCGCCUGACAGCCCAGCCAAACUGCAUGGUCCACCAGAUGAUGUGUGGGUUCCUCAAGGUGCAGCAGGGGGAGCAACAAGGCUGGCAGCGCCUCUCCUGUGUCCUGCAUGGCCCCAACCUCUUUUGCUAUCGACACCCCCAGGAUGCAGAGACCCAGGAGGAGCCGGCCUUCACUAUUGCCAUCAACAAGGAGACACGGAUCCGGGCCACCGAGAAGGACCCCAAGAGCCGCUUGCACUGCAUGUCAGUGACAAACCGCUACGGGGGUGAGGAGGUGACCCACACGCUGCUGGCAGAGUCGCGGGCUGAGACCCAGCGCUGGAUGGAGGCCUUUUGGCAGCACUUCUAUGACAUGAGCCAAUGGAAGCACUGCUGCGAUGAGCUCAUGAAGGUGGAGGCGCCCUCCCCACGCCGCCCCCCAGCUCUGCUGGCCAAACAGGGCUCCCUCUACCAUGAGAUGGGUAAAUGGAGUGUGCGUGUGUCUGCUCUGCUCUGCCUUAAAUUGGGGUGGUGGGAGGGACCCCCUUAUGAAGGGGGCUUGCUACGUGUUUUCCUGGUAGCCCCCCGUCCCUACCACAAUCGCAGGGGGAUUUGUGGGAAGGUUGGGGUCUCCCAUCUUUUCUGUCCUUUUCUGUGGCUGUCUCUGGGGGUCUCUCUUGCUCUCUAGGGGGCUCCUGCCCCCCCACCUUCCUAUGAGCGCUUGCCCCCAACUCUCUGUGUCUAUGUGCCUGUAACUCUCUGCUCUCCUCCUGCUUUUUCUCUGCAUGUCACCCAUCUCUCCUUUCUCCUCUCUGUCCCCCUGCUCUGCCCUGUGCC